GUAAAUUCAAUUAGCUAAGCCAUUAUGAUAUCUGCAAUAGCAACUCAAUCCACCAAAGCUACAGAAAUAAAAAUUCGUCUAAAAUUUUUUUUUAAAAAGAAAAAAAUCUAGAAAUUCUCAGACAAAUAAACGUUUUUUGGGUUUGCAGCUGGAAUUCUUGUAACGUGUUCAUUUCUGGGUUGCAAUUCUAGAGGUGAAAAAAGAGACAUUAUUAUAAACUGUUUAUGCAAGCUUCUAAGCUAACAACAUGUCUCAAACCAACUGGGAAGCUGAUAAAAUGUUAGAUGUGUAUAUCCAUGAUUAUCUAGUAAAGAGAGAUUUGAAGGCUUCUGCUCAGGCUUUUCAAGCUGAGGGAAAAGUGUCAUCUGAUCCUGUAGCUAUUGAUGCUCCUGGAGGCUUUCUCUUUGAAUGGUGGUCAGUUUUCUGGGAUAUAUUUAUUGCUAGGACUAAUGAGAAGCAUUCAGAGGUUGCUGCAUCUUAUAUUGAGACUCAGUUGAUUAAAGUACGGGAACAGCAGCAGCAACAACAGCAGCAGCAAGCUCAACCGCCACAGCAUCAACAACAGCAACAGCAGCAACAACAGCAACUGCAGAUGCAACAGCUUCUAUUGCAGAGGCAUGCUCAGCAACAGCAGCAGCAGCAGCAGCAGCAGCAGCAGCAACAGCAACAGCAACAACAGCAACAGCAACAGCAGCAGCAGCAGCAGCAGCAACAACAACAACAGCAGCAGCAACAACAGCCUCCCCAGCAACAGCAACAGCAGCGAAGGGAUGGUGCACACCUCUUAAAUGGUAAUACAAAUGGGCUUGUGGGAAAUGAUCCUCUUUUGCGCCAAAAUCCUGGAACUGCCAAUGCUUUGGCAACAAAGAUGUAUGAGGAAAGAUUAAAACUGCCUAUUCAGAGGGAUUCUUUGGAUGAUGCAGCAAUGAAGCAAAGAUUUGGUGAGAAUGUAGGCCAGCUUUUGGAUCCCAAUCAUGCCUCAAUAUUGAAGUCUGCGGCAACUGGCCAGCCUUCAGGGCAAGUGUUGCAUGGCACAGCAGGUGGAAUGUCCCCACAGGUUCAGGCCCGAAAUCAACAAAUUCCAGGGUCUACACUGGACAUAAAGAGUGAGAUCAAUCCAGUGCUAAAUCCCAGAGCUGCUGGUCCAGAGGCAUCAUUAAUAGGAUCAAAUCAAGGCUGUAGCAAUUUGACUUUAAAAGGGUGGCCACUCACUGGACUGGAUCAGCUUCGCUCUGGGUUUCUUCAACAACAAAAACCUUUCAUACAGGCUCCUCAGCCCUUUCAUCAACUUCAGAUGUUGACACCUCAACACCAGCAACAGCUUAUGCUCGCACAGCAAAAUUUAACAUCACCAUCUGGUAGUGAUGACGCUAGAAGAUUGAGAAUGAUUUGGAAUAACCGGAAUAUGGGGCUCGGGAAGGAUGGGCUUACAAAUCCUGUUGGUGAUAUGGUUCCAAAUGUUGGGUCUCCUUUACAAGCUGGUGGCUCUCUCUUGCCUCGUGGAGAUACAGAUAUGCUGAUGAAGUUAAAAUUGGCUCAAAUACAGCAGCAGCAGCAGCAGCAGCAACAGCAACAGCAACAGCAACAGAACAGUAAUCCACAGCAGCAACAGCAGCUUCAGCAACAUGCACUUUCCAAUCAGCAGUCACAGAGUUCAAACCACAACCUUCAUCAACAAGAUAAGAUGGGAGGUGCUGGUAGUGUCACAGUAGAUGGAAGCAUGUCCAACUCAUUUCGAGGAAAUGAUCAGGUUUCAAAAAACCAGACAGGGAGAAAGAGAAAACAGCCAGUAUCAUCUUCAGGUCCUGCCAAUAGCUCUGGCACGGCAAAUACUGCAGGACCCUCCCCAAGUUCAGCUCCGUCAACACCUUCAACUCACACCCCUGGAGAUGUGAUCUCGAUGCCAUCUUUGCCACAUAGUGGUAGUUCUUCUAAGCCUCUAGUGAUGUUCGGAGCUGAUGGCACAGGAACUCUUACAUCUCCAGCGAAUCAGUUGUGGGAUGAUAAGGAUCUUGAAUUGCAGGCUGAUAUGGAUCGCUUCGUGGAGGAUGGAUCUCUUGAGGAUAAUGUUGAUUCUUUUUUAUCCCAUGAUGACACUGAUCCUAGGGAUACGGUUCCUCGUAUGGAUGUCAGCAAAGGGUUUACAUUUACUGAAGUAAAUUCUGUUAGAGCGAGUGGAAGCAAAGUAAUCUGUUGCCACUUCUCAUCGGAUGGAAAAUUGCUUGCUAGUGGUGGCCAUGAUAAAAAGGCUGUAUUAUGGUACACAGAAAAUUUAAAGCCCAAGACCACCCUUGAAGAACAUUCUUCAUUGAUUACAGAUGUCCGUUUUAGUCCAGGCAUGCCACGCCUCGCUACAUCUUCAUUUGAUAAAACUGUCAGGGUUUGGGAUGCUGACAAUCCUAGUUACUCGUUACGCACUUUUACGGGACAUUCAGCCUCUGUCAUGUCACUAGACUUCCACCCUAGUAAGGAUGAUCUUAUAUGCUCUUGUGAUGGGGAUGGUGAAAUACGUUACUGGAGUAUUAACAAUGGUAGUUGUUCAAGAGUAUUCAAGGGUGGUACGGCUCAAAUGAGAUUUCAGCCCCGUAUGGGGAGGUAUCUUGCUGCAGCUGCUGAGAAUGUUGUAUCUAUACUGGAUGUUGAGACACAAGUUUGUCGGCAUUCAUUACAGGGACAUACUAAGCCAAUACACUCUGUGUGCUGGGAUCCUUCUGGUGAGUAUCUAGCAUCUGUCAGUGAGGAUUCUGUCAGAGUGUGGAGACUUGGAUCAGGGAGUGAGGGGGAAUGUGUUCAUGACUUGAGCUGUAAUGGCAACAAAUUCCAUUCCUGUGUUUUCCAUCCUACAUACCCAUCAUUACUAGUGAUUGGCUGUUACCAGUCUUUGGAGCUUUGGAAUAUGACUGAGAACAAGACUAUGACUCUGUCGGCUCAUGAAGGAUUAAUUGCUGCCUUGGCUGUAUCGCCUGUGACAGGGUUGGUUGCCUCUGCUAGCCAUGAUAAAUUUGUCAAGCUGUGGAAGUAAUAUUUUCGAUCAUUGUUAUUUAAAUGCUUUUAGUUUGUCUAUUUUGUUCACUUGAUCUUCUGGCCUAUUUUGUGUUUUUAUUCAAUCUCAGGUCCUUAUAACCCCAGAAACUAACCUUUUCUUCUGUUGUUGUUGUCGUUUGUAUUACCUUUGACAUGAUACUACUGUUAACUUAGAGAUCACUGUUCAAGCUUCUUGGACAGUUCGUAAUGCCUCUUGUAUUCUAUUGAGAAGUAUAUACUUUUCAUCCAUAGCUUACCUGUUUUACCAUCUUUAA